AAUUUUUUAUUUGUCAUCGUCAUUUAGUUUGGCGGCACUCACUAGUAGGUACUCCACUGGCCUGGGACAAACAUUCGCAAUUGCAUGAUUUCAUUAUAAACUCAAUUAAUUAAUUAAUGUUAAAAAUUACGGUAAUGGUGUCUACGAAAAACUUUGUGAUUCUGAUCAUUGCGACUGUGGUUCACCAAAUCCGUCCAGUUAUCAAUAUAAAAGAAGGUCAAAAUUUCUGGAAACAACGAGGUUAUCUAGAAUUAGAUGAAGCAAUUAAUAAGAAAAUUAUCGAUGGUCCAGCCAACAAUGUUAUUUUGUUUGUAGCUGAUGGUAUGGGGAUGACAACGAUGACUAGCUCUAGAAUCUACGGAAAAGGAGAACAAGGUUCUUUGGCGUGGGAAAAAUUCAACAACAUCGGAAUACUUAAGAUUUAUUCAGCAAACAAGUUGGUACCAGAUUCUUGUAGCACUGCAACUGCUCUCUUUUGUGGUGUAAAGGCCAACCAUAAAACUGCAGGUGUGGAUGCCACCGUGGACGUUAAUGACUGUGAUGCAGCAAUGAAGGAAGAGUCUCACUUGGAAAGUAUAAUGACGUGGGCACAGGCAGCAGAAAAAUCUACAGGUUUUGUUACGACUACUAGAGUAACCCACGCUACACCAAGUGCCCUCUAUGCUCAUAUACCUAAUCGCAGUUGGGAAUGUGAAAGUAAAAUACCCCAGAAUUCAACAAAAUGCAAAGAUAUUGCCAAGCAACUCAUCCAAGAUAUGCCUGGAAAGAAAAUACAAGUAAUUAUGGGAGGAGGAAGGCAGUGUCUUCAAUCGUCAGUGCCCGAUUCUCCAGCAGAUCCAGUGGACACCUGGUCUUGUUAUAGUAAAGAUGGAAGGGAUCUUAUAACUGACUGGAAAAAGGAUAAAGAAAAAAAUGGAUAUACGUAUCAGGUUGUAAAUAAUAACGAGGAACUUCAGAAUUUAGAUCUGCAGAAAGAAUACACUUUGGGAGUAUUCGCAAAUGGACAUCUAAAAUAUGAUUACGAAAGAGACAAAGGUCCCAAAGGAAUGCCUUCAUUAGCGAAUAUGACGGAAAAAGCUAUCCAAUUGCUACAAAAUAACAAAAAUGGUUAUGUGCUGAUGGUAGAAGGCGGCAUGAUCGACCAAGCUCACCAUCGCGGCCACGCAAGAAAAGCUUUAGGAGAAACAAUCGGCUUUAGCGACGCAAUAGAAAGAGCUUUGGAAUUGACGGAUCCUUCCGAGACCCUUAUUAUUGUCACAAGUGAUCAUUCUCAUUCCAUGAUAUUAACGGGAUAUCCAGACAGAGGACGAGGAGUUCUUUCUUAUACCAAUUCCGCAAUGGACAAUUUACCAUUUACAUCUUUGUUGUAUGGUACAGGUGGACCUAAUAAUUAUCAAUUUGUAUUGGAUAAUAACACAGCGACUCGUAUUGAUCCGUCUAAAAACAAUACUGGAGAUUGGGAAUAUUCUCAACAAGCAUUGGUUCUUACAGAUGAGGUAACUCAUAGUGGAGCUGAUGUAUUGGUUUUUGCGAGAGGUCCCAUGGCUCACCUAUUCAACUCAGUUCAUGAACAAACCUAUGUAGCAUAUGUUAUUGCAUAUGCAACUAAAAUAGGGCCAUAUAGUGAUUCAACGAAUGGAUCAGUAGGUUUUUCAGACUUCAAAUAUAUCCAUGUGAUAACCAUAUUUCUUAUAGUAGCUAGUUUUGUGAUAGGUGAUUAAAGUAAAAUAUUACUAAA